UACGUGGCCUGUGGCGGAAGAGCAGGUUCGCUCGUGUAUUUCUGUCGCACGGAUGGUCACAAGUCAAUAAGACAAGAUGGGCCCAAAUUAGCCCAACCGCCUUGAGAAAACAUAGAGUAAAAUAAGAGCCCCAGCGGGGGAUCCACCCACACGCUGAGAAAGAAAGAAAGAAUAUUCUGCUCCGUUCCAUCGCUCUUCUCGUCACGUUCAGUUUUAUGCCAUUUCCAGCCUCCAGAGCUGGAUUUAUUCCAGAAAACAUGAAAGAGAAGCUAUUUCUGCUCGCUGCGCUCUUCCUCCUUUGUGCGUAUUUACAUGUUUUCCGCCAAACCGGAUAAAAACCGUCAUGCGUUCGUGCAGCCGUCUCGCGAAUCGAAUCUUAAAAAGGAAUAAUCGCGAAGAGGGAUUCAUUCGAAAAGGCACCUCGUUGCUUUGUAACCAAGGAGCUCCUUACAUGAUUAAACGGAACUGUGUUUUUUUUUUGCUUAUUUCCGCAGGUACUUGGUGUAAGAAAUCAGACUGGAGGAGAAUAGAAGUCAUGUUAAUCACCAGGCUGGCGUACGUUGGAGAUAACGUCACUUUUUACUGCAAGAUGGCAGCGGAUGCCGAAAGCGACGGGGGUUGCAUAAUAAACCUCCGAGGAGAAAAUAUGAACUUGUCGCACAAGUGGCGGGACAAGACGUCAGGCAGCAGGUUUGUGCUGAAGAACGUAGAGUGGAAGGACGCCGGGCGGUAUUUCUGCGAAACGGACUGCCAGACGGCCACGGAGAAGUCCAACAGCUCGGUCGUCCUCGACGUGAACGUCAAGGAGGACGAAAAGCGCGGUCUCAUGAUCCCAGUAAUCUUUGGGAGUCUCCUUGUCCUCAUCUUGCCGCUGUCCUUCGUAAUCCUAAUGUCAAAGAGAUGGCAGGUCCAACCAAGCGCACGCGGAGAAGUUCCCGAGGAGCCGGAACCAUUUUAUUACGAAUUAAGAGAGGAUGGGAUAUAACUGGAGACGUUCUGGACACGCUCCGUCUCUAGGGUCUGCGCCGUUUACCACGUUCGGACGGGUCGGUUCAGAGGCGGAGAGGUUCGCGAGCCCCGCGGAGCUUACGGCCACAGUACUUUUCAUAGUGCGCUGACCCCGUCCC